GCCGGCUCGAGGCGGGAAUGGAUGCUUUUGCACCGCCAGCUUUGCAUCUCGCCCGGCCGAGAAGGUGAGAAAUGAAGCUGUAUCGGGAUCCUUUCCGACGUAGGUAGGCAGACAUAGACUGAAUAUAUAAGCUCGAUUGAGAUCAGUUCUAAUCUAUCAAGCCUACUCAUCAUCAAUCAAGCCACAGAAAACAACAACAUCUCAGCGCCUAAUACCCUAAUCCCUAAUCUACCUUCGCUCCAAGACCAACUUACAACUUAAUCCAUGGUGGUGGUGACGACAACAACAACAACUACUACUGCUACAACAACUUCAAUGAAUCAUCUACCAAGCCACGAUACCAAUACUUCACUUACAUUCCUCGACGAGUCCCCGAUCAUGAAACCCUUUCAGCCCGGGCAGUGCCUAUUCUGCCCUACCCUCUCACCAACCUUCCCCGACAGUGUCAUACACAUGCAGAAAUCACAUGGGCUCUUCGUGCCUCAUCAGGACCACCUUGUGGUCGACCUCGAGGCGCUCUUCAAGUAUUUACAUCUUGUCAUAUUCGGAUACCGGGAAUGCAUACAGUGCGGCACAGAAAGGGCCACCGUCCAAGCUGUGCAGCAACACAUGACCGGUAAGGGCCAUUGCAGGUUCGACAUAGCUGCACCAGACUCUGAGUUUGCCGAGUUCUACGACUUCUCGGAACUCGAAGACAUUAGAGACAACGAUGAAGACUAUUCAGAGAGCGACCUGGAAGGCGAAGAGGUCGAGAGGAGACAUGAGAGCAAGACGGCGACACACCUGAAUGGAAAGCCCGCGUUGGCUGAUGAAGACUCGAUCCGGCUACCGUCAGGUAAAAUAAUAUCCAAGCAUUCAUCACCAUCACAGACAGGGUAUUCGCCAUCUUACCAUCGUCGUCGACCGCGGACCACGACAUCACAGCUAGAAUACUCAGUGACCGAACCCGACGAGGAGGCGCCAGAAGACUCUAGCAAGGAGUCGGGUGUACCCGACAUGAGGCUACUAUCGAAGAGGGAAAAGCGAGAAAGGGCAACGGUGACGCAUCAAUUGGCUAGCAUGAGCGCAAAUGAUCGGAAUAGCUUGAUGCACUUGUCUACAUCUCAACAGCGAGCAAUAAUAGCGACCCAGCUGAGACACGAGGAAAGGGUGCAGAAAGUGGAAAGACGGAGACAAGGCAAGAUUGAUCGCAAAGGCAACAAGAAUCUUUAUGCAUAUUGGCACACUGAAACUCCUGUUUACACAUGUGGUUAGAUAACCGCAUCAGAUAGCUAUUGUAUUAAUCAACAUGUCAAAAGUCUGCAGCCACUUCAUGUCUACCUCGUCGACGAGCACCUCAAUCAGACCAAGUUGUGAUAUAUCGCUUACGAAAAUGCUCCAAUCAAGAUUCACGGG